CACUUCUCGCUCGCCUUCACUUCAACACCUGGGGUUCAGGGGAAACCCUGCGUCCUGUAAUGACCAGUGGGUGACAGUGAAUCCACGUGUGGUAGGAUUGCCAAUAAAAACAUAAGUUUGGAAAACAAUGCUGUCUUUAUUAUUCAAACACCUUACUUGAUGCCCCACUGCCACGUGGGGCCUUGCUUGAGCCAGAUCCAUCCUCCACGUGGGUGUUGGCUGGCUGUGGUGUGAAGGAUACACUGAAUCCACUUGACAGAACAGCACAAUAAGUUAUUGGCUAAUAACAAAGUGAAAAGGAAUCUGAACUUGGCUUCUGGUGAUUGAUGUUACUAGAAACUGAUGCUUUCCCUGUUCAGGUCAUUGAUAGCCUGUGUUUGGAUUUUCUUUUAGCGAAUACAAGGUCUGGGAAGAGAGACGAUAGUAGUGAAGAACGUAGAAACAAAGAGUCUGAUCCUAGGACUGUGGCGGUUUUGCCACAAAAGCACUAGCUGAUGUGUCCUGGUAGUCAGGGCAGGGAAAUUGAGCCUAGACAAGCUCUCUGAGUAUCAGGAAAAAAGCUAAUAAAUAUGGGCAAAAAUAAUGUAUCUAAAAGAUGGUGAUUUGUUGCUAUAUGGCAAACGUAGGAAACUUCAAACUGAGCUUUUGUGUGUUCUCCAUCUCUUUUUUCAUAGGGAUUGUUUUAAAGAAUGUGGAGGAAUGGUCCCUGAAACUUUUUGAGUUCCUUACCUUUCUCUUUUGGCCAUGAUCAAAUGCUUGGAGGAAGACGUGAGAGCCAGGUUACGCUCUGGAGUGGCCAUCAAGACUCUGGGCCAGUGUGUUGAGGAGCUUGUCCUCAACAGCAUUGAUGCUGAAGCAACAUGUGUGGCCAUCAGGGUGGAUCUGGACACCUUUAGGAUCCAAGUGGUGGACAAUGGCUUUGGGAUAGGGCGAGAAGACCUAAAUACAGUGGGGAAUCGCUAUUUUACCAGUAAAUGCAGCUCAGUAGAGGAUUUAGAGAACCUGAAAUUUUAUGGCUUCCGAGGAGAAGCUUUGUCAAGUAUAGCAAAUAUGGCCAGCGUAGUGGAAAUUUCAUCUAAGACCAACAAGACAGUUAAAACCUUCACAAAACUGUUUCAAAAUGGGAAACCAAUGGAAGUCUGUGAAGCUGAACUGACUAGACCAAGUAGUGGAACAACAGUGACUGUGUGUAAUCUUUUCUACCAGUUACCAGUGAGGAGGAAGUGCAUGGAUCCCAUCCUGGAAUUUGAGAGAGUAAGGCAGAAGGUAGAAGCUCUUGCACUCAUGCAUCCUUCUGUCUCUUUUUCCUUAAGAAACGAUGCUUCCUGCUGUAUGGUGCUUCAGCUCUCCAAAGCAAAAGACAUUUGUUCCCGCUUUUGUCAAAUUUAUGGACUGGGUAGAUCACAGAAGUUACGUGAAAUAAAUCAUAAGUGUGGAGGAUUUGAGCUGAGUGGCUAUAUUAGUUCAGAAGGGCAUUACAAUAAAAAUCUGCAGUUUUUGUAUGUGAAUAAUAGACUGGUUUUAAAAACAAGAUUACAUAAACUCAUUGAUUUUUUAUUAAGGAAAGAAAGUGUUAUUUGCAAGACAAAAUUUAGCUUUGCUGGCAGACAAAUGAGUUCAAGUCCUGCUCGACAUCGGUGUGGUCCAGAGCUCUAUGGAAUAUUUGUUGUCAAUGUGCAGUGUCAAUACUGUGAGUAUGACGUGUGUCUGGAGCCUGCAAAAACACUGAUUGAAUUCCGAAACUGGGACAGUCUUCUAGCUUGUGUUGAGGAAGGGGUGAAAGCAUUUUUAAAACGAGAACACUUAUUUAUUGAACCGUCUAGUGAAGACAUCAAAGAAUUUAAUGAAAAUAAUGACUUUUGUUUGUAUAGUGCCACAAUAAAACCUAUGCUCAUUGAAGAGACAAGUAUGAAGGACAAUUUUAAGAAAGCAUGUGAAAAUAUUGCGGAUUCCUAUGAAAUAUUUAACUUGCAAUCAAAAGACAUCAAAAGAAAAGCAACUACUGGAAAAAAAUCUUCAGAUCCCUUAUAUUCAAAUGACAAAGCUGAGGAAAUGGAAGUUUUCUCAGAUGUAACCAUUGCUGAACCAAUUAACACAUUUAAGAGUAGUAAAACUAAGACUCUUUCAUUCAGCAAAGAUGACACUACUACUGAAAUCCCAGAGCAAGAUCCAGAAGAAUUUAACAGUUUCCAAAUGGCAUCUGGUCACAAAUCUUCAGAAAAUUUCUGUGGAGAGUCCAGAUCAGAAAUAAUAGAAAUAGACAAUUGUGAUGAAACGCCAUGUUGUACUGAAAAUUACGUACAAGUUGCAAGAAGCCAUCGUAACAAAGCGGCUCUAAAAAGCAACAGCACCAUUGCUUUCAGACAUUAUGUCACUCAAGGGCAGCAGAAGGGAAUGAAAAUUUCUACUGAAAUAGCUGAAGGGCCAGAAAUCCUUGUUGGAAGGGCAUCCACGGGAAUAUGUACUACAACAAAAGAAAGCCGUGGAAAUACUAAAAGAACAUAUACCUCUGGUGGACAAAAUGUAAUUAGAUCAGGACUGUUAAAGUUGUGUUCCACGGGGCUUAUAACUCAUGUUGUGCAAAAUCAGUCACUACCUGAACAAACUGAAAUGAACUGUUCAUUAAGCAUGCCUUUUAGACCUGGUCCUGUAAGUGCCAAGGAUAUAUUUAGAAACAAGACUGUUUAUUCACUUCCAUCUCUAAAUAUUCGAGAUGUUUCUAGUAGUCUAAAUAAAGACAAUCCUAUCCUAUCCAAUAGAGAAGUGUGCAGAACAAAUGCAGAGGAGAAGUUGGAAAAUGAGACUGUAUCAAAUCAGAGGAAUAAAGAAGUAGCUUUCUGUAUAGCAGGUAGUAGAAGGGAUUGUGUGAGAUCACACACUAAUGAGUUGCCUCUGAUCACUUCCUCAGGUGAUGUUACAAACUACAGAAGGCAAAUGGUUGAGCUCUCUGGUUGGUCUGUACCCCGAGCUUAUAAGAAGCUGAGUUUGUCCACACAGGCAGGAUCAUUAGAGAGAUUUAGGAGACAUUAUGGAAAGCCCAGGAGUGAACCAUCAAUAUCUAUUUCAGAGAAGAGGAGUGAAUUUGGGCUCCCAGUUGAGUUCAGUACUCCAAUUGAUCUUGACACUUCCAAAAAUCAGAAUAAUAAUACUGAAUGCUUUAGUAUUUGUGAAACGCCAACUGUGGAACAUACUCAUUCUAAUAAUAGUUGCCAAUCUGGUUGCUUUCCUUCCUUGGAGAGGACUCAGUUCUGUGGUACAGGCGUUUUGUUAGACAGACAAACUUGUGAGAGAGAGAGUCCUUUGACACUGACCAAUUACUGUCAGAGUAGAAGGAAAAAUAAAAGCAACAGUAGAUCUCCAGGGUCCCUGGCCUCUAAAAUAUCUAGAAUGAAAGGGGAUCAUGAAGAUCCAGAAGUUGUGGGGCAGCUUGAGCAACAAUCCCAAAUGGAUUUAAGCAGAAAAGAUGAUACCGGGAAACUUCUGUCUCAAAGUGAAAGUGAUCAUUUAUUGCAGAGUUCUUAUGAAAUGUGUCAAAAUUCCUCACAAGAAGCAGAGGUAGGUGGGCAUGGUUGCCUCUCUUUAGCCUCUGACGAGAUGAAUAUCCCCCAGAAAAUGCACUGUAUGAGAGCAGGGGCCAUGGAAAAUACUGUCAGCCACACCAGCAAUGAGGAUCUAUGCAGUGGUUUGGCAUUGCCUGGUAAAAAGGUUUGGUCUGAAGAUGCUUGUCAAGAUCAAAGUGUUUUACAUGUGUUUUCAGAGCAGAAUUUGAAAGCUACUCAGCUUCCAAGUGUGACCUUACCAGAUAGCUCGGCAGUCUCUCCAGAUGUUACAAACAUGGCUAAACGUGUGAACGAGGAUUCGUUAUCAUGUGCUUCUGACUGGUUGCAACAUUUUGAUGUUUCCUUGGGUAAGACAGUUUACAUCAACAAAACAACUGGGCUAAGUACCUACAGCACUCCUCCCACUGAAGAAGUUCAAGCUGCUUGCACAAAAGAUAUAACUACUAUGGCUGUGAACGUUGUCUUAGAGAGUGGUAAGAACAUGGUGCUUAAUUUUGUUGCAAAGCAAGAAUAAUGUGAACUGCAUAAAGACUCGCAUAUACAAACUGUUAAAUUACACUAAUUGAUUGCAGGUGGAAGGAGGUGAGAAUAAUGAUGUAUCUUCUUAAAUCUGUGAUACACACUUAGCAAUUUAAUUUCUUCAAGUAAAUACAUUUUGUUAUUUCAUUAUUGUUCCACAGAGAAUGGGGGCCUGAACUGUACCAAAGGAGAUUGGAUGAAAUGUGUACCAUGGGCUGCAGGUCUAGGUCACUUUCUAUCCUAAUCCUGGUAAUAGUGUAGGGUCAUAAUAUGCUGCUUAAAUCACUCCUGUAAGGAUUGGAACAGGCCGUUGGGCUAAUUCUGGUACUUCGCAUAGUCUCAGUAACUUUAACUUUCCAUAAGCUUAUUCAUGGUCUCUAUUUAUUUGUUUAUUAUUAUACAAAGUGUUAAUAUGAGUAACAGCAAACUGAUAGUGCCAGUUCACCUGAAUAUGGGGUAGGAAUGGGCAUUUUUGUAUUUGGUAUAUUGGGGGCUUUUCUAUGGUUUUUUCUGUCCUUUCAGAAAAAUACUUUCAAUUGCAACCGUUCUGGAAAUAAUCCUGAUUGAUUAAAGGAGUAACAUGCUCUUAAGAA